AUGCCUGUACUAUGCCCAGGUCAUCCACAACUCCCAUCCCAGCGCGGUAUAAUCACCUACCGCCUCAGCGCCAACCGUCUGAAUCCACUUGCCGGUACCGCCCACGCCGCUGUCUUCAAUACCUUCCGCAGAUGUGCCGGCCAGGUUUGGUACGUGGUGCCGCCUUUUGUCGUUGCCUACCUGACGAUGAAGUGGGCAGAGGAGAGGAACGACAUGCUGAACUCAAAGGCUGGUCGGGCCUUAUAUGGUGAUGAGGGUGAGGGAGGCUAG